ACUGGAGCAAUGGUCAAUCCGUCGCCAGCCCGAGGUGGCGAACCCACUUCACCCCACAUCCUGCCCAAUGAGAUGGAGAAUGAUCUGGACAAGAGGAUGGCUUCACCACCUCCACUACCUCCUCCAAGUAGCGAUGUAAUUGCUGAUGUUGUGGGCGACUUUGGCAUCUGGCAGCUAAGGACCAUCCUCAUCAUCUUCCUGUGCAAAAUCCCCGCCGCCUGGUUCAUGGCUUGCAUCAUCUUCACCGGACCGGAGCUUUAUCCCGGCUCGGAGUUCACCUGCGAUACCAGCUAUCUCACCAGCAGCAGUAACUCCAACUUCAGUGUUUCUGAUAACCAGUGUUAUGUUACGGAUGAUUCAACCGGCGGGAGAAGCGAAUGCGAGCAGUUCACCUACGUCUCCAGCUUCGACUCCCUGAUCAUGGCCUUCAAUCUCGUCUGCCUGCGGGACAUCUUCGUGGCCUGGACUCAGUACUGGCAUCUGUUCGGUGUCCUUGUGGGCGGCGUAAUGGGCACCAAGAUGAUGCUGGGCAUCAGUCCGAGGAGCACCUAUUGCGUUGGAGCCGUGGCGCAGAUCGUUUGCGGAGUGGUCACUGGCUAUGCCAGGGAUUUCAGCCUGCACUGCGCCUUCCGUUGUCUAUCUGCUGUUUGCUGUGCAAUCAUGUUUACAGCGGGUCAAGCGAUAUUUGCCGACAUCACGGCGGGAAUGCAUCGCAUUGGUGCCAUUAUUUUAUACGAUACCUUCUGGUCCAUUGGCGUCAUUCUGCUGCCCGGUCUUUCGUCGUUCUUCAACAGCUGGUCCUUGAUCUAUGUGGGCAUCACAUUCCCCACCAUUAUGCUGAUAUUGUUGCUCUAUUGGACUCCGGAUUCACCUCGCUGGCUGCUCCGUCAUGCUGCAGAUCGCUUUGCCAUCGACAACGUGGAGGAGAUCGUGCGUGAGGGGGCGGCGAUCAAUGAUCGCAGCUUUAAGAUCCCACCGGACUUUAGACUUCAGCUAGAGCAACUGAGUGAGCGGCUAAAGGCUCAACCGCCACCGGCUCCUUGGCGGGAACUGUGGAAGGGGAAGCGGGCCAAGACGCACAUGGUGGCCGCCCAUUUGGCACUGGCCUUCUUUGUCAUCAACUUCAUGGGCAUGCUGCUCAACAUAAGAUCGUUCGGAAGGGACUAUCUGGUGCCUAAUACCAUUGCCAUGGGAUUUUCGGAAAUUAUUGGCUGCUUCCUGGCGCUUCACUUUGCCCUUAAGCACAACAAGUGGAAGUGGCAAUGCGCCGGAGUCUUUAAUAUACUAGCUGGAAUCCUUGGCUGCAUGGGCUGGAUAUUCACAAAUGCUGACUCGAUGGAUGCUGAUCUGAAGGUCAGUCUGUGGAUGAUCAUCGCCACCAUUCCCAAGGCGGCUGUUUCCUGUGCCCAGUCGAUGAUCCUGGCCUGCAUGAACGAACUGAUGCCGGCGAACAAGAAGCAAUUGUUUGUCUUCUCCGUGGUCACCUGGGCGCGAGUGUGGCUCCUCUCCGCGCCGUUCUUCAAUGUCCUCAAGAAGAUCGAUACGGCCAUGUCGCUGACCUCGUACUGUGUGUUUAGUAUUUUGGGUGGAAUCUGCACCAGCCUUCUCCUGACGCCCAGGACGAGUGUUGCCCCGAUUGUGCCGCAAGUGGAGCCGAGUGACAAGAAGGAGCAAUCCCCUCUGAACGCCCCCGUUUGGACCGUGGAAGCCGAUGUAAACAAUACUCGUUUGUAGGCCGAGAAGAUCGCUUUUGUUUGCCAAUUAAUAUUUUACAAUAAUUUUAAUAGUCAGCUAAUGAAAUGACAUUCUUCUGUGAUUAGGUUAAGUGAAUUGUUGUUUUAAAUGCUUACAGUUUUACUACAGAA